AUGCCACUUCCUUGUUGCAAAGGAAAUCACUCGCAUCCGGAGUGCUUCGAGAUCCCCGUUCCAGCAGACGAUUCCCUACAGUCCAGUAUGAAGAGACGGUGUAUUUCCAAUCCGAGUGUCACCGUUUCAGAGAAUGUCAAGUGUCUUCCGUAUUCUCGCUCCCUUCCAGUUCCGAAUCCAAAGUGUUCUUUCGGCCAAAGACAACAAGCGAACAUGGCCACGUCCUACUUGGAUCUGAGUCAGAUCUAUGGGAGCACCGACGGGUUCGCGAACAAAAUGAGACUGUUCAAAGACGGAAAACUGGCGCUCCGCUCGGUUGGCGGUUUCAAUAAUCAAAUGAGGAUCCCUCCGGCGUCUCAAGACUCUUCGAUUUGUAAAUCUAGCUCGGGAAAACCGUGUCUUUUGGCGGGAAGCAAUAGGUAACUGACAUCCGUAUUCUCUAGCUGCACGGACACUUUAGGAUAAACUUUCUUCCAACUUCUGGAGCAAUCUACACAGUUUGGAUGCGUCAGCACAAUCUGAUUGCCGAGAAACUGAGCUCUGUGAAUACCCAUUGGGAUGAUCAGAAGCUGUUUGAGGAGACCAGACGAAUUGUUAUUGCUCAAUUCCAACACGUUACUUUCAAGUAAGCUUGUUAUAAAGUUUCUUCGAAGUUCUGUAAUUUCAGUGAAAUCAUACCAGUUCUGGUUGGAAAAGAGCAGCUGAGAGUAAUGGGAGUGAAGCUGCGGAGCAAUGGGUACGACUCUGGAUACGAUCUGGUCUGAUUCCAAGGAUCUCUUUUCGACUCAUUCUUCAGUUCAGAAUGUCGAUGCUUCUGCUUCGAAUGUGUUCGCCGCGGCCGUCGGACAGUUCUUCCUCACCCUCCUUCCGAGCAAAUUCAAUGUGGAUGAGAGACGGUUCGGAACUCAGAGUGAAUCACUUUUGAAGGUAACAUUCCGUCUAUCGCGAGAGUCCGAAAAGGUUACACUUAGCACUUCAAUGAUCCGUCCUUGAUUUACGAGAAAGGAAGAAUUGACGGUAUCCUGAAGUUCCUCCUGAACACUGCCAUCGAGAAGCCAGGACUGCACAUCUCUCCUCAGCUCCGUACGGCAUUCCAGAAGAGUAAUAAAUUCCUAUUGGAACUGAAAAAAAGACGUUAAUUUCAGAAGACGAAGCGGAUUCCAUUGAUAUCAUUGCAAUGGUCAUUCAAAUGGGAAGAGAUCACGGACUGCCGAGCUACCUUCAGUGGAGAAGGUUCUGCAAACUCGAGGACUUCCGCUCAUUCUCUUCUCUUCAAACCACUGUAUUCCUCCCCAAUAUAACCACUUUAUCACCACUUUAUUUCAGUUCAAACCGUCCGUGAACGUUUCUGACUUCGAACGUCUUUACGAAUCCCCCGAAGACAUCGAUGUAUUUGUCGGAGGACUUUCCGAACAACCAGCCAAAGGAUCACUUCUCGGCCCAACGUUCGCGUGUCUUUUUGCUCAUCAGAUGGCUCAAACCAAGAGAGGAGAUCGUUUCUGGUAUGAGAACUUCGUGUCUCCGUCUGCCUUCACUGUCGAGCAAAUUGAUGAGAUUCGGAAGACCACGAUGGCGAGAGUGAUCUGCGACAACUCGGAUACCGUAACCCACGUGCAACACCACGCAUUCUCUCUCCCCGAUGACUACGGGUAUGUCGAUAAAACUGAAGUGCACUGCUCAUGCUCAAUUUCAGAAACUGUCCAUUGAGCUGCAAUUCAACAGGAAUCAUUCAACCGUUUGACCCGAAGGCAUUCGAAGAUGACGAAAAGCUGACAACUCUUCCGAUCACUAAGGAAACAGUCGAGAAGGCGAUCCGAUUAGGACUGAAGCAGUGGCAGAGGUACGAGGAAGGGGAGGGCCGGAGGAUCAGUGCCCAAGUGGCCGACUCUUCCCCUUCCGCUCUUCUCUCUCACGCUCUGCUCAUGGCUCCCAAGAAGGAAUCCGUUGACAUUGCCAGAACUGCUUCAGUUCUCAGAGAAGCCACGAACAUUCUGAUCACUGGAAACGGACUGAAUAAGGACGAAAGACUUCCCGAUCUGGAUGUUGAGACCCUUCAGAAGAUUCUUCCUCAAAUCGAAGUUGGAAAAAUAAUUGGAAAUUUCACACCGUUUUUGGGUAAUCUUAAUCUUAAUAGUUAAACUCGUUCGCAAAUGUAAUUUUGCAGGCCGUAACCCUCUUCCGAAAGAGCAGUGCCUUCCAGAACCGCUUCCGUGCGAUCACACUUCUAAGUACCGCACAUACUCCGGAUGGUGCAAUAACCUGAAGAACCCCAAGUUCGGAAACGCGUUCACUCAAAUGCGACGGCUUCUGGAUCCAGCCUAUGACGACGGAUUCGACACUCCUCGCACCCGAUCCGUUCUCGGAGGGGAACUUCCUUCCGCUCGAAAGAUUUCCAAUCUCGUUCACACCGAUGCGCCCAAGUUCCACGUCAAGUUCACUCACAUGCUGAUGCAAUUCGGACAGAUUCUCGACCAUGAUAUGAUGCAUUCGCCUAUUGCACGUGGUCCCAAAAACACCAUCCUGAACUGUUCGUCGUGUGAUUCUGCGCAGACACUCUCCAUCCACUGCUUCCCCAUAAAGAUCGACGCAGACGAUCCGUUCUUCCCAUCCAGACACAGUGACGGAAGACCGAGGUGCAUGCCGUUCGCGAGAAGUCUCCUGGCCCAAGUGUCUCUCGGCUACCGUAACCAGCUGAAUCAACUGACUUCCUUCCUCGACGCAUCCACCAUCUACGGAUCCACGCAGUGUGAAGCCAACAAACUUAGACUGUUCAGCGACGGAAAACUGAAUUUCACCGACCUCGGGUAAACCUGAAUGGACAGUUAAAAAAACAGAAAGUAGGGCGUUUACAGAUUCAACAAAGAAGCAUUACCGCAAGGAAAUCAAGAGCGAGACUGCCGGUCAAUCCUACAUAACCCCCAGAGGCGGUGCUUCGUGGCGGGAGACGAACGGAGCAAUGAACAGCCGGGGCUCACUGCCAUUCAUAACAUCUUCCUCAGAGAACAUAACCGAAUUGCGAGGUAUCUGAAGCAAGCUAACAACUUCUGGAACGACGAAAAACUGUUCCAAGUGAGUUUUCACCGAUCUGUAACCAUCCAAAACGAAAUUUCAGGAAGCUCGAAGAAUCAACAUUGCACAACUGCAACACAUAAUUUACAAAGAGUGGCUCCCGGUCGUUCUUGGAUGCCAGAACAUGGAGAAAUGGGGACUGAUGCCACAAGGAAGUGGCUACUACGAGGCGUACGACGAUCAGUGCGAUGCGACCAUUUCACAGGAGAUGUCCACGUCGGCGUUCCGAUUCGGUCACUCUCUGAUCCGCGGCGUUUUCGCGCGAAUGAAUGAUGACUUCAAGAACAUGACGAAUCAUGUGAACUUGACGGAAACCUUCUCGAAUCCGUCCCCCGUGUAUGACAAGAAUUCGGGGCAUAUGGAAUCCAUUCUGAUGGGACUGAUCGGAGUGAGCAGCAUGGCCUUCGACCGGCACAUCACCACCGCCGUCCGCAAUCAUUUGUUCGCCAAACCGGGCGGUCCGCUCACUGGUCUGGACCUUCCUGCAGUAAACAUUCAACGAGCAAGGGACCACGGAGUGCAGGGGUACAAUGCAUACAGGAAAUACUGUGGUCUUCGGAAAGCUUCGACAUUCUCGGAUCUUCGUGAUGCGAUGAGUUCGGAUGCCGUGACUGCAUUGGAGACAGCCUACCGCCACGUGGACGACAUCGAUCUGUUCCCAGGACUCAUGAGCGAAUCUCCGACCAGGGGUAACCACUGAACUUCUUGAAGCUUAUCCGCAUCCUCUUCUUUGCAGGAUCACUGGUUGGACCAACGCUCGCCUGUCUCAUUGGAGAACAGAUGCAGAGACUCAAGAAGUGUGACCGGUUCUACUACGAAACGAACGACGCGAAUUUAAGGUUCACUCCCGAUCAACUUGUGGAGAUUCGGAAAGCCAGCAUGGCAAGAAUCAUGUGCGAUAACAGCGAGUACGCAGCCAACAUUCAACCGAAUGUGUUCUUGAUGCCUGAUGAUUUGACGUGAGUUCAAGAAAGUCUUCUGACGCACUUGAAAUCUUCCAGCAAUUCUCCCAUGUCUUGCUCCGAACUGCCAGAAGUCGAUCUGAACAAAUGGGUUGAUAGGGACUACUGCCUUGUGGACGAACGUGUUGUCAGUCUGGGAAAGACGAAGAGAAUCACACCGUGCGUGACUUGCACGUGCACAACAGAAGGCCCCGAAUGCCACUCGAUAACUGUGGACGACUGCUCCCGCCUGCUACGUGAUAACUCGCUCGCCGACAUUCAGAAGGAUCCGGUGUGUCUGAUUCAGUGCUCUCAACAGCUAAAACGUCUUUGAUUCCCUCUCUUUUCACCUAAUUCAUUGACUGUUCCUCUUUUCCGGUAUUUGCGUACAUGUAUAUAAAUAAUUUAGUCCAACCGAUGUUCGCCACAAACAAACAACCUUUCCAUUUGCAUAACCCCUCUUUUCCGUAAUCGCGCCUGCCCAAUUCCAUUCUCUUAUCAGUCUGUUUUCUGUCGAUUUAGUCAUUCGCUCUGAAAUGUCAUUGCCGACGAAAUUUCCGAAAAACUUCCAGUUGGCGACUGCGACGGCGGCUUACCAGAUCGAAGGAUCCCCGAAUUUGGACGGUACGUUCCCCUCUGUCAUUGAUUUCUUUUCGAUUUCAAACAGGUCGUGGCAUCAGCACUUGGGACGCAAUCCGUGCGGAAAACGGUCGUAUUCAUGAUAAUUCCGAUCCAAAGUUGUCGUGCGAUGGACGUCUGAAAUACAAAGAAGACGUCGCUCUUCUCGCCAAAAUCGGUGUCACCAGUUAUCGUUUUUCAAUCUCGUGGUCCCGAAUCCUGCCGGACGGAACUCUUUCGCAGAUAAACGACGACGGUGUUCAGUAUUAUCGUGAUCUGUGUCUUCUGCUCCGAAACAAUGGAAUUGAGCCAAUUGUGAGUAAACAUUCUUGUUUUUUCUUCUCUUUAUGACUGCCAAUUUGCAGGUCACACUGUUCCAUUUCGAUAUGCCUCUCGCCAUUUACGACAACGGAACUUCGUGGCUGAACAAGGAAAACUGCGAUCACUUCGCCGCUUUUUCCGAUCUUUGUUUCCAGAAGUUCGGGGAUUUGGUCAAAACGUGGAUCACUUUCAAUGAGAUCAACAUGCAAGCGUGGACUUCCGUCGCCAAGAUCCAAGGCGAACAAUGGCUGUGUCCGGACCGUCCAGCCCUCGAGAACCUGGAGCAAGUACCCUACCUGUGAGCUACACUAUUUUCCUUUUCUUCUGAACUUCUCUUCAGAGCUGCCGCUAAUAUGCUUCUGACGCAUGCGAAAAUUUACCGAAACUACGAGAAAAACUACAAAGAAACGCAGAAUGGACUCGUGGGGAUCGUAAACGGGGGCCGGUUCUGUCUGGCCGGUUCUGAUUCGCCGGCCGAUCAGGAGGUCUCUUCCGUCCCGCUCUGAUUGCCUUCAUUCAACUCUUUCAGGCCAGAGACCGAGCUCUCGAUUGGCUCUUCAAUUAUACAAUUGAACCAAUUCUGACGGAAUCUGGGGAUUUUCCUGCGUCAAUGCGAGCAAGACUUUCUUUCUUGCCAAAGUUUACCGAGGAAGAAAAGACGCUGAUUCGAGGUUGCCCUCCAUUUUCCGUAGAACUUCUGAACUUUCAUUGAUUCUCAGGAAGUGCUGACUUCAUCGGAAUAAACUAUUAUCUGAGUCACUUGGUUCGUGCUUUGGCUGACGGAGAAACGCCUUCGUCUCAGUGCGAACGGGAUGCUUCGUACGGAUUCGUCGAGGGACAUUGGGACAAGUAGGCACCGCCUUCCCGCAAAUCUCUGGCCCCCGAAAACAAAACAAUUGCAGAAUUUGCGGCGAAACUUGGGUUCGUUAUGCCCCCGAUGGGCUUCUGGCGCUUCUAAAGUACCUCAAACAAAAAUAUAACAAUAUUCCGGUGUUUAUCACUGAAAACGGAUGCAUGGACAAGAUAGGAGAAGGCGACGGAGAAGACGUUCUAGAGGACAAACACAGAAUAAAAUACAUCUCCGGACAUUUGGAAGCCGUUGCGAAAGGUAAGCUGCACUCAAACUGACACGGAAACGUUCAUUUCAGCUCUGGAAGAGGGGUGCAACGUGAUCGGAUACACCGUUUGGACCCUCAUGGACAACUUCGAGUGGGACGACGGGUUCGCUGUCAAAUUCGGAAUGUGCCGCGUCGAUUUUGAGUCGUCGGAGAAGACAAGAACAAUGAAACACUCGGCCAAAUAUUAUCAAACUUUUAUUCGCGAAUUCAAGAAGCAUCAUAAUCUCUCGUGA